AUGGCGAAGUCUUCACACAACACCAAUCAGGGGCGCAUUGUGCUCUGGUGCGCUGUUCUGAUAUUGGCAGUAUGGUUCAUUCUCCAGGUUGGGUCAAUUUCUCAUCACCCCAUUCACGAAAUCGAAUCUACUGGGCCUGCCCUCGACCUCCCUUUGGAACCUGAACUCGACAUCGAACACGUCAAUACCCAGGGUGACGACACUACGGCAUGGCUAUCUAGCCUCCUCGUCGAGCGCACUCCAGGCGACUCGGUUCCAGGAUGGUACGACCUCUCAACGAUAAACUUGCUGGACAACAAUCAGCAGCUCAGCCCAAGAGGAAAACUUGUGAAAGAGGGACUUAUCAUGCGAUGCAUGAUGAUAGCACAGAUCGGGGUUCCAGGAUCAGACGAGCAUGUGCCACAGAGCGAUUUCGUAGUAUUUCGAGAUCUCUACGAAGAGUAUGGCUGGGACCCUGACAUGAGCCACAACAAAGUCCUUGGAGAGACCCCUUUCAAUGUCGACACGAGCUGGUUCGAUCAGAUCGGGGUUAGCGCAGACCGUGCGCGAUGGACGACUAUGAGUAACUACCAUGCCGGUAAUGCGGAAUGGGAAACGACGCAGGGCCAAUAUACGAAUCACGUUAACCUUCAAGAUGGAAUGAUUAUUGCUGCAAGCAAUUGGUCUCCGGCUUACAUGGUGGAGAAUGAAGAUUUGGGUUUGACACCCGAACAGAUCGUCCCGCUGCAGAGAUGGAGCGAUGUAGCGUGGUUGACAUACAACCAUUGGCUCGAGUUCAACAUUCAGCAGGCCCGGCCAACAAAACUGCUGGAGCAUGUUAUUCGUUACCAUAUCAAAACUCCUGCAGUCAAGACUAUGCUGCAAGACAUCACUGGCACCGACGUGGAGCACGUAGGCACGUGGCCAGGUCGGUCGUACCCAAUUUUGACCUCUGAGGCUCUCGCAAUCUUGGGAUUACCUCAUGGAAAAGGUGUCGGGUGGUUCCUCGCUCAGCACAAAUUGAACCUGGGAGUCAGAACUGUCGAUCGUAUCAACGUCUUCAACUGCCCUAAGUUUCCUGAUGGUGACGCGCAGUGGUGCAUCUACAUGCACAUCGUUCCAGCUUAA